AUGAACAUCUUUAAGUCGAACGCAUACAAUUUAUUGUUUUUUCUGCCAUUUAUGUUUUUUUGCUAUAAAACAAGUCAUGCUGCUGUAAGACGUAGCAUAGAUACAUCAGCUUCCUAUGCACUUUUAACGGAUGAUCGAUUGCCAACAGAUAUUCUUCCACAAAGCUACGAAAUUCAUCUGGAACCGAACUACGAACAAGGCACAUUCAGUGGACAUGUAAAAAUUAAUUUGGUCUGGAAAUCAGACACAAAUAAAAUUGCACUUCAUGCUCAUUUUGAUUUAAAUAUCAAUCACAAAAAAAUUCUUGUACAAAUGCUUAAUAAAAAUAACAGUGAUUUACAGUUACAUAAAAACAUUACUGUACAGCGCGGCAGUCGAUUUCCUAAGAAAACAAUUUAUAUUGUUUAUCUCACAGAAAUAAUUAAGCAAGGCUCUGAAUGUGUUUUAGAAAUUCCGUUUGAAGGAUACAUUUGGGAGAGUGCAGAAGGACUUUUUAAAGGAUCUUAUUCAAAUUUGACCUAUUUAGCCACUUACUUAAGACCAAAUAACGCUCGACGGUUGUUUCCAUGCUUCGAUGAACCUAGAUUCAAAGUACCAUUUACAGUCUCCAUAACAAGAUCCAGGCAUUUAAUUACCAUUUUUAAUACACCGGUUGCUCGGACAAGUGAACACUCAAUUCUUAAAGACCAUGUAAUAGAUCAUUUUGAACAAACUCCACCUAUGUCCACUUUUACAUUUGGCUUUGUGACAUCAGCACUUUUUAAAUUAAAAGAUGACUUGAAAACGGCAAGGAAUUCAACAGAUCCCGUUAUUAAUUUUUGGAGUUUUCAAGAUCGAACAAAUCAAUUAAAGCACAUUUAUAAAAAAACUCUCCUUGCUUAUAAAACUAUUCAAAAUUAUUUUGGAAUACCUGUACCUAUUUCUAAAAUUGAUGUGGUUGUCAUACCUGAACUGCCAAUAGUGCGUCCGGUGGAUAAUUGGGGUUUGUUGUUGUUUAAAGAAAGCGUUAUUACACAAAAUCGUUAUUAUGACAUAGCACAGGAGCUUAUAUAUCAAUGGAUUGGUUCGUGGGUGACUCCUGAAUGGUGGACUGACGAUCAUCUUAAUAAAGCGCUGGCAAGUUUUUUAGCAUCAGAAACUGUUAUAAAGUUAGAUGGAGGAGUCGAGUUUAAUGGAAAAUAUCCAAUGACUACCCUUUAUUCAUUAUACUAUGAAUUCAGUAAAAGAUAUCCACAUUCACGUAUUACUGCAAUGAAGCAAGAGACAAUUUCUUACAAAACCGAACUUGUUAUACGCAUGCUAAACUUUACCUUGGGUAAGGACACGUUGCAAAAAGGAUUGAAAAAGUUUAUUGAAGAUUAUCAGUAUAAAACAUUUGUUGGAGAUGAUCUUUGGAGUGCGUUGACGUCGCAGGCGCUAAAGGAUGGAACGCUAAAAAGCCAAUACAGACUGACUGAUAUUGUCGGUACAUGGCUUGCCUAUCAACGCCUACCAGUCAUUACUGUCCACAGGGAUUAUGAAACUAAUACUGCGACUAUACAACAAAAAGUGUAUCUUAGAGAAAGACCACAUGAUGUACCAGAUCAAGACAAAAUGCUUUGGUGGAUUCCAAUUAUUAUUAAUCAACAAGAUACACUUAAUUUCUCUAAUAGCAGUCCUUAUGUGUGGAUGGAAAAGACUCGGCAAAUAAAUAUCAAUAAUAUGCCAGGAAAUGAUAAAUUUAUUAUUAUAAACCAGGAAGAAAUUGGUCCAUUCCCAGUUAAUUACGACGAAGAAAAUUGGAAAAUGCUCUCAGCAUUUCUGCAAACUGAGAUUGGACGCACCGUAGUACCAACAUAUACGAGGGCAAAACUAUUACAUGACGCUUGGAACCUCGCUUACGCUGGUGAUUUAAGUUUUGCUACUGCCUUCAACAUGACACUAUUUAUGAAAUUCGAGCGAAAUCAUAUCAUAUGGAAUCCGGUCUUCACAUUCAUUGAUCAAAUUGGUCGGCGUAUUGAUAUGUCAGAGGUUCAUAAAAAAUUUGAGGAAUAUGUUUUAGCUCUUCUAACGCCAUUAUAUGAGGAAUUAGGAGCUGAAAUUGAAACAGAAGAUAACUGGAAAAAAGACUUACGCUCAUUAACUAAAAGAUUUUUGUGUCGUUCAGGUUUUCGUCCAUGCAUUAAAGAAGCUAAGGAUGCAUACAAAGUCUGGCUAAACAUGGCCACCCCAAAUUUGGAAAAUCCGGUACCAAAUCAUUAUAUUUGCCCUGUUUUUAAGUGGGGUUCCACUGAUGAAUGGCAAUUUGGACUUGAACGAGUGAUUCAGUUUCCAAAAACACGAAUACAGAGUGAAAGAACCUAUUUAUUAAAGACCCUAGCUGGUUGUUCCACCCAGUCCGAAAAGAUCUACCGACUGCUAGAAUUGUCGAUUUUUGAAGAACAUUCCAAUUUCACCGAAAAUGAUCAAUUCUUAAUUUUUUCCUCACUAACCGGAAGCUCCAGUGGCUAUUACACAUUAUUUAAUUUCUUAUCUGAAUAUUGGACGCCGAUUCGGCAGAAAUUUAAAAAUAACACCAAUUUAUGGGAUCAUUUAAUAGGUUCAGCAACCGGGUUUUUUCUGACUCAAAAAGGCUAUGACAUGGUAAAGGAGCUUUAUGAGAAGCAUUCUGGAGAUUUCGGGAGUGCACAACACAUAAUUGAAAAGUCUCUCCGCAACAUAAGAGAAGAAACACUGUGGAGUAAAGAGAAUUUGCCAGUCAUUGAAACUUGGCUUAAUAACUUUUUAUCCAAAAAUUAAAGUAUCAUUUUAGAAAAAUAA